AAUUAUUACUGCUGUCACUUACUGCUUACACGUAAUUACGAUAAAAAUAAUUUGAAGGUACGCUUUUUUACUAAAUCCAUCUCGUAGUACUACAGCGUAGAUUUUUACACGAACAUAGAUUAUAUUAUUUGUAUAAGUAAUGCAAUAUGUUCGCGGUGAUUUUAAAAGCAUCACACUAAUAUCCAUCGAAGUUUCCCGAAAGUGACUUUAUUUCGUUGAGAGAAUUCUCUCACGUAUUGAAUAUUCUAGAAGAACAACAGCGAAACUCUAUCACGUAUGGCUACGAGCGAUUGCUCAAAUUGGCGGCAAUCGAGGCCCCGCCCAAAUCGCGAAGCAAAUUGCGGACAAGGGGGCGACAGGGUCCCUGGCUGUUCCAACAUUAAUCAAUUUAGAGUGCGCGAGGUGGCGGGUCCUGUGCACAGACGCGCCAUUCCCAUGGACGGAGGCGACUAGAGCGAUCGCUGGUGGACGCCGACAACCAAAUGCUGCGCAAGCGUUUGCUUACACUGCUGGCUAUCGCGCUGCUGCUCAGCUCUGUCGAGUCGCGGCGCGGCCGAGCGAGGAGCAGGACCAAGUCUAAGGUACAAAUCGGGCUGCCCAUUACCGGCAAAUACAGAGAUCCCGAAUCGGAUCAGUAUUACAAUAACAAUGACGGUGCCAAGAUCAUCCUGGCGUCCCAUUUUGACCUGGAGUACGUGCUGGGCCAUAAGAUUGCGUUCCUCUGCAUCGCUAAGGGCUCGCCGCGGCCACAUAUCACUUGGUUCAAAGACGGAGUUGAGAUCUUCGCACAUCACUACUUACAUAUACAUGAGUGGACGAUUGGUGAUGAUCGUGUGAAAUCAAAGAUUGAAAUCGACCCGGCGACGCAGAUGGACGCCGGCGUGUACGAGUGCACCGCAGACAACAUGUACUCUAUCGACCGGCGCUCCUUCAAGACAGACUUCUCCAUUGCCUUUGACUGACACGCGCUCAUCGCCCCACAUACUUCACUACUAUACAUACAGAUGUUUUUAUUUAUUUGAUAUGUAUAUAUUU